AUGAAGUCUAUUUCACUUAUUGUCGCAGCUCUUGCUGUUGGUGCUUUUGCGGACGUCCACACUCAAGGUGUUUGCAUUGAUACCCCUGGCGACGGAGUGGAGGUUUACAACAGAGCUGCCACUGAAAAGGCAUGCACUGCCUAUAAGAACCGAAACACUGGUGGCAAGCAAUGGGAUACAUGCCCCGAUUGCACGCUUCUGAACGAGAAAGACCUGCUAUACUAUUGCGAGUCCAAGGGAUCCCACAUCGGAGGAGACGAGCUAAACUAUUACUGCAAGCAAAACGGUGCAGGUGACAGCGUUGCUUGGUGA